AUGCCGCUACUUCGUCCCCAAGAGGUGUACGCGUGGGCGGAAGCAGAGCAAGUUAACCCCCGCUGUGCCUUUGCAGUGGAUCGAGUUCCCACCGGCUGCAGCGUAAAGCUCAUGCAUCCUACCCUCAUUUACCAUGUGAGGUUAAAGGGCAUCCGACUCGUGAUGGAAAUGGAGUCGAGAGUCCUGGGGUACCGGGCGAGACUGUACUGUGGCCCCCGGGAGCUAGGGGACGAUGAAGGACCGUAUACUGUUUACCCGGUGGGAACUUAUCCCCUUGGCUGCCCUGUUGUAUAUGCUGGGUCUGCAACCUCCCUGCCACUUGCGCUGGAGGUAAAGACGGAACCUCUCGAUUCCGCCACAGUGGUUAGUGGACUGGAUUCCCCGGGAAAAGUAGAGGCCCUUAGCUCAAGUGCAGGGACGAUGCUGCCUACUCUUGUCAUUGCUGGGACAAAAUACCCGAAGCUGAAGGUUUUUUCGGGAACUCUCCCUGUCCCUGAAGGAGAGCAGGGUUUUGAAGAGUGGCAGGAGGCUGCAGUGCAGAUGAUAGAAGAAUGUCCAUGCCCUGAGGGGGAUAAACGGAUCCGGUUAACCGAAAAUCUGCGCCCUCCUGCCAGUCAGGUGGUUAAGUUAUUUUGCAAGGCUCACUUAAAAGCUUCUGUUAGAGAUUGUCUGAAAGCACUCGAGGAAGUAUAUGGGGCUUGUGACAAUCCGCAUAAUUUGCUCCAUAUGUUCAGAAGCUUGUAUCAAGAGGAGGGAGAGCUUGUGUCCACCUUUGUGCGUAGGUUACAAAGCAAGCUAUGGACAUUAGUUCACAAGGAAGUUAUCCCUGUUGCUGAGGUUGAUGAGAUGCGACGCACCCAACUUCUACAGGGACUGCAGGCAAGCCAUCCCAUAGCCAUGGAGCUGCGUAUUAUGUAUCGGCAGGGUACCCCGCCCGAAAUGGGUGCCAUCAUGGGUGUAGUAAAAGAAAGGGAAGCUGAACUUGAGAGAGUGUCCGCUCACAGUAAGAAGGUGACAACUGGGAGUCUUCCCUCUGCUCAGAAGGAUCUAAAGGGAGCCCUUAGGAAGACCCCAGAUUCGUCCCUCCGGCCUAGGAUGGCUUCACUAGCCAAGACUUUUAGUGCUACUGCCCAGCUAGACUGCUUUCGAUGUGGACAUCAGGGCCAUAGAGUUGUACCAGUGUUACCCGUCAGUUGGCUCGGGUGA